AUGGAUGUCUUGGAGCUGGAAGACAUGGGCAGCGGCUGUGGGGAUAAAAACUGUGGCCGAACAUCUGGCUUCUCUGAGGGGUGUGUGAACGGGGAGUGCCAUUGGGACGAACCCAUGUUUGGGUUCAUCGAGUUAGUGUGCGUGACUAUCAUUUAUAUCCCCCUGAUGCUCUUCGGGCUUCUGGGAAAUAUUCUGACGAUUCUGGUGGUUUGGCUGCGACCUCACAUGAGGAGCUCCACCUACCUGUACCUGAGCAGCAUGGCCGUCAGUGACCUGCUGAUCCUGCUGCUGCUGCCUCUGGAUCUGUACAAGCUCUGGAGGCCCAGACCCUGGUCUUUAGGGGACGUCGCCUGUAAGCUCACCAUGUUCCUGUCAGAGUGCUGCACCUUCUGCACCAUCCUCCACAUCACCUUCCUAUCUCUGGAGAGGUACCUGGCCGUCUGCUGGCCAAUCACAGCCAAGACCCUGGUCACACGGCGCAGAACGAGGGCCCUGAUUGGCUGCCUGUGGCUCGGGGCGGCCGUCAGCGCAGCGCCGGUGCUGGUCAUGGUGGGAGUGGAGGACGUCGGGAGGGAGGAUGUCAUCGGAUGGAGGGAGGACGGAGGAUGGGAGGGAGAAAAGGGAGGAGGAAUUAUGAUUGGUGGAGAGGACAGCGGAAGCGAGUACUUGGCCUCAAUGAAAGGAGGAUUGGAGGGAAGAAACUGGGGAGAAAAGAUAGUAGAGGAAGAAAUGGGAAUCGGAGAAAGAGACGAGAGGAAUCACAGAGGAGGAUUUGGGAUUGGUGGAGCGGAAAGAGGAAAUGGAUACUCGAUGGAUGGAGCAUCGGAGAGAAUACAUCUGGGAGAAAAGAAAGAGGAUAAAGAAGAGGGAAGAGAGAGAACAGAUGAGAGGAAACAUGGAGGAGGAGGGAAAAUGAAACAAGAAGAAGAGCUGGAAGUUGAGCGUCAAAAUAAAAUGAAAGAAGACGAGGGAGGAGGACGGGAAGACGGAGGUGGAAAAGCAGAGAUCGAUAAAAGAGAGUGUCGCUGUACGCAUCACGCCGUCACCUCCGGCCUGCUGUCGGCCAUGAUGAUCCUCUCCAACCUGUACUUCCUGGUGCCGCUAUGCAUUCUGGGAUUGGUCUACAGCCUGAUUGGACGGACGCUGUGGCUUCGUCCUCAAAGCAGCCGCCGAGACCAGAGUCACCGGCACACGGUCAAAAUGCUGGGAGUCAUCGUCCUGGCCUUCGUCCUCUGCUGGCUGCCCUUCCAUGUGGGUCGGACCAUUUUCACACACACUGACACACACUCGUACUUUCUCUACUAUCUGUCUCAGUAUUUUAACCUGGUGUCCUCCGUCCUCUUCUACCUCAGCGCCGCCGUCAAUCCUCUCCUGUACAACCUCAUGUCGGCCAGGUACAGACACGCUGUACAGAGCCUCGUCCACACACACUCUCACACACCUUCUCACCGUCUGCGCACACUCACAACACGACACUCCACCACCACGUUGUAA